AUGUCUAGACAGCAGCAGCAGCAGCUGCAGCAGCAGCAGCACCACCAUCAGUUGCUGCUCCAGCAACAUGGACUGGAAGACGGCGAAAUGACGCCUCCAGUGUCACCGGUGAAUCCGAGCGACGCGCAGCAGCCAGCAGAUGAGCGGCAGCAGGCUUUGCAGUGCACUUCUCAGCUGUCUCCCUCGACUCCUGGCUCUUCGUCCUCGCAGCAGCAGCAGCAGCAGCAGGUGCACCACCCUCCCCCAGCACUUCCAGACUAUUCCUUGAGUGCCCUGCCUCCGCCUUCGCCGUGGGAAGUGGACUUCUUGCUGCCUUCAUUUCUCUCUCGCUACGCGGGUUCCAACAGCGGUGGGGAGCCGCUGCUAGACGAGGUGCCUACCGUGUACAGCGAGUGGCGAGACACUCCUGCCGUCCGCUUUCGCCUUAUGGUGCACCCAGUAUCGCCGACGGGAGCAGCCGCUGCGGGGGGUCGAGAUCGGCGGUUUGUUGGAGCCUUUGUCGAGACAGCGCGACGCGAGGAUUAUCCGGAGGAUUGGAUUUUUCAUCAGGGCUGCCGUUUCCACAUCUACGCCAUACACCCCACGGACUACCGAAAGAGCAUCUACAAGAGCGACACCUACCAGUUCUCCUGUGAUGACGCCGAUAGGGGUUGGCACCAGUUCGCGUCUCACCAGGAGCUUGUCGACGAGAGCUUUUUAAGAGCGUCUCCUCAGGGGGGGGGAGGCGCUCUCUAUCUCCGAGCAGGCUGCAUCCCCAUCUGCGCGGCUGUCUCACGCCGAAUCCGCACGCCUUGUCCUCCAGCGACGCUCCCAAGCCUCGACGCCUCCGCCUCGACUUCCUCCGGAUCCAAGCGGCAGCAGCAGCAGCAGCAGCUGCAGCAGCAGCAGCUGCAGCAGCAGCAGCUGCAGCUGCAGCAGCAGUCUGGAGGCGAGGACAGUCCGCCCCUCCCGACACACGCGUCGCAGGGAGGCACUCCGUCGGUAGCAGCAAGAGGCAUGGGACGCUGUGGUCGUGGCUUUGUUGGGCUAAGGAACCAUGGCGCGACUUGUUACAUGAAUGCCCUUUUGCAGUCGUUAUACUUUAUCGGAAAAUUCAGAGAAGCGGUGUACGCGCUAUCCUUCGACACGAAAAACACAUGCGGAACUCGCAGCGUAGACAUUCUCGAGCGGCGGCGUUGCAGACGCAAGCGAGGCAGGGGAUUUGCGGCGUCUGGAGUAGCCCAGGCAAAGCGAGGAGAGGCGCCUAGCUCGGCAGCGGCGUCUGCCGCUUCUGCGGGGGGGGCGAGUGGCAAUGUCUCUGCAGUCAAGGGAUGCAAUGGAGCGGCGACGGCCGCCUCAUCCGACGAGCAAAUGGAUGUUGAAGGGAUGAGUCCCUCUUCUGUUUUCUCGGAGGGCGAGUCUUCUCUGGCAGGGGGCACGGCGGCAGCCGUGCUGUCGGAAGAAAGUACAGACAGUGAAGAUGAGUUGUCGGACCUGGAGGAGAGCGAGUUGCGCGAUUUGCUGGUGGAGGAGGAGGCGGAACGUCGAUCUCCGCCGUCGAUCUCCCUGGCUCUGCAAAAUCUCUUCCUCAAAUUGUACACUGCGAACGAGGCAGUGCCUUACAAGGAGCUCAUUCGCUCGUUCGGCUGGGACGCCGCGGACGCCUUCACGCAGCAAGACACGCACGAGCUGCUGAAACUCCUGCUGGAUAAGGUGGAGGAGCAGAUGCGGGGAACGCCUGCGGAGGGCAGCGUGAAGGCCAUGUUCGAGGGGGAAAUGGAAACCUACGUGGAGUGCAUCAACGUAGAAUACAAGAGUGUCAGGAAGGAGGCCUUUGAGGAUGUCAAUCUAGACGUUCAAGGCUGCUCAGGCGUCCGAGAGAGCCUCCAGAGGCUUGUAAUGCCAGAGCUUCUCGAAGGAGACAACGCAUACGACGCCGAGCAACAUGGGAAGCAAACUGCUCGAAAGGGCGUUCGGUUCGUUCGCUUUCCCCCCAUAUGCGUCUUCCUGCUCAAGCGCUUCGACUUUGAUUUCGCAAGAAUGGACACCGUGAAGGUGUUUGACAGGUACGAGUUCCAGAGGGAAUUGGAUCUGAAUGAGUUCUGUGAGGGCGCGGGCGUCUACGCGUUGCACUCGGUGUCUGUCCACCAGGGAGACGUGAAUUCUGGUCACUAUUAUUCCUUCCUUCGACCCCCUCCGGGCACCCAGUGGGUUCGCUUCGACGAUGACAAGGUCUACCAUGUCAGCGAGUAUGCAGCUAUUGGAGACAACUUCGGAGGGGAGGAGCUUGAAGCCUGCAAUUACUUGAGAGGAGAGCGAAAGACACGAACACGAAACAAGCCGUACAACGCGUAUAUUCUCGUCUAUGUCAACAAGUCGCAGGCCCCAUAUCUUCUAGCCGAUUGCAGCCCUCUUAAAGUUAAUCCCCAGAUUUUGAGCCGUUGCCGUACAGAGGAGCAGUUGAGGCGCUUGAGGACGCAUAUCCGCAACGCUCUUGAGAAGAGCGUUAGGAUAAAGGUGUAUCACCCGCUACAGUUCAAGUACCGGCGCUUCGUGGAGCUGCCGUAUCUCUCGAUUCCUCCCAUCAUGGACAUCAAACGGAGCCGAAACAGCGAUAUUCUCCUGCUGCAUGAAACGAUCACGCAGGAGCUCACGCGCCUGUUGUACGGUGGGGGGGGGCGCCAGGGGGGCCCCGCGGGGGCCCUAGGAGGGGCCCCCAACAGGGUUCAGUUUGUGCUCCAUCUGAUCAACACCUCCAUGGAAUCCCCAAGGUUCGAAGCUAUCGAACUGGGGACGAAUAUGGAGCUGGGGGAGAUCCUGCGGAGGAAGGGAGGCGGAGGGGGGGGAGGGCUCGAGGUCAGUCUGUACGUCUUAGCCGUACCAGAGAAAUCUGCUCUCUUUAGCACACCCCUGCAGCAUGACGAAAUCGUAAGGUCCCAUUGUCUGCUCUUCAUCAAAUACUUCCCCUCGCUCACACGGACUGCCAGAGACGUCCAGCUCAACAAGGGCGGGCACCUCCAACAGCACCACCAACAGCAACCCCUCCCCCCUCCCCCCCAACAGCAGCAACAGAUCGUGCAGGCAAAUACCGACAAAGGCACACAGGGAGAACUCGUCAUUUGCUUGGAUGUCGUUUAUGUUCCCUUCGAAUGGAAAGUUCGCGAUCUGGAGCCACACGUCUUCCGACUGAUUCACGAAGCGAUGCAGGAGGGACUUAUCGACGAGGGCCCCUCCCGGGCAGCCGAGGUUGCGCGAGUGGUCUCCGCCUUCCCCCCCACACUACCACCCCUCUCCAGUUGUGCUCCUUACUCAGCUCCGCUGCCUGUUCCCCUGCCUUCUCCGCAAAACAAAGGCGACUGUUAUCCCCCUCUGCAGUGGUCUCAAGGGGCCUCCGUUGCGGUGGCUGCAGCGCAAGCCUUGGGGCCCCUCACAGCGGGGGUCGCUUCCUCCCUGCAGCUCACGGCGUGUCUUGAGCUGGAUGCCACUGACAAGAUCCACACCAACCGCUUGCUCGGCAGAAAGACACUCAGAAACUCAAAAGUGUUUUCUGGAGACUUGCUUGUCUUCUCGCUCGACUUGCCUCCUGCUCUGCUCGAGUACAAGGAGGCACAGCAAAAGGUUGGAGGUCGCUCCGAAGACGUUGCUCCGCAGCAGGCAUACUGCCCAUCCUCCCCCGCAGAGGAAGGCCACCUGGCCUUAGAAGCAGCAGCAGCAGCAGCAGCAGCAGUAGCAGUAGCUGCUGCUGCCACAGGAACGGCAGCAGACACCACAUCCUCUCUGGUGCCAUGGGGGGGGGCCCCUCCCCGGGAGGUCAGGGGCCUCUCUCUGCUGCCCUUCGUCCCCCGCUCCAGGGGAGGCGCGAUCCCCCCUAUCCCCCCGCCUCUCCCCUGCUACCUCUGCAAUGAUUUCGUAGACUACUGUCUGGAGGAGCAAGCCACGGAGAUCUACCACAUCAGAUUGUACGAUCCUUAUGAGUUCUUGGGGAAGGUGAUGUCUUCUUCUGGCUGUCUCCUCCCUUCGCCCUCUCUGCCGCCUCCAGUCGGGGAGGCCUCCUCGCUGCUCUCGGAAGCUUCGCUCGUGUCUCUCCCUGGGAGCGAUGUCGGCGCCCCCUCGAACGAGGGGGCCCCCUGCGUGAGCCUCCCAGGCGUGCCGCACCAUCCCUCUGCGGAAAACACAGCAACCCUCAUCUCUCCAAACGAGGCAUCCACAACCAUUACGGGAGGCAAAUCGAAGAUGGACGAACCAGAUGAAGAAGCGCUGUCUCCCUCUCCCGUUGUCGAGGACCCCUGGCUGCACAUGCCAAGCGCAAAGCCCAUCUGUAUCAAGGAGUUUUCUCUCAGUGGGAGACUCCCCGCCCGACAGGCGCUGCAGUGGAUUGCGUGGCAGUUCGGUGUUGAUCCCACCCAGCUGCAGCUGUUUCCCGAGCCCCCCCUGCUGUCAGACCGGAAGGUGUUGCCUCUAGACAUCGAUGCUCUGGUAGUGACAAACGAAGGCACCUGGGAGCAGCAGCAGCAGCUGAUGCUCCAGCGGAACGAGCGAGAAGGCACUGGACGGCGGCAGCUCACUCUCGAUGAGAUGUAUCUGCAGCUGCAAGGCGCACAGUCGUGGCCUGGCUGUCUUGACAGGAGGCGAGCCUUGGCAGCAGCAACAGCUGCUGCUGCGUCUGCUGCUGCUGCCUCCGCUGCUGCUGCCUCCGCUGCUGCUUCUCCAUCAGCCGCGGGGGCGCAACGCCUACCCCGAGAGCUCCACUUGUGUCUGCUCCCUCGUCAUUUCCGCCUGUGCGCAAGGGCUGUGAACGCCUUGCUGCUGCCCGCGCAGCAGCAGCAGCAACUGCAGCAGCUGCUGCUCUCACCCCUCCCCCCCGCAGCCCUCUCUCCCUCCUCGUCUCCCCUCUCCCACUCCGUGCUGAGCUACAUCUGCCUAGUCUUUUCGAGACAGGCGGAACGGAUCGGAUGUGUCACUGGGCUUAUCCCCGCCAGCAACCCCGAUGGCAAAGCCUACACAGCGGCAGACCUCAUGCGAGAGGUUCUAGGACGCCUCCCUCCAGCCACAGCGCAUGCUCUGAGACAGGAUUACCACAGCAGAUGCAGCGGUAGAAGCAGCGGCAGCAGCACAGCCGCUUCAACGGGGACGACUGCUGACAAGGCAGACAAGGACUAUGAGGAAGAAUUUGGCCCUCUCAGGCUCUUCAUCUCCGACUCCUCCAAUCUCCUGCGGAUCCCACCUGCCGAAGAGCUCUCGUGGCUAACGCUCUAUGCUCCAUCAUCACAAGGUCGUACGAGGGAGUCUAUCACGAACCUUCUGGCUGUGCCGCUACGUUUGGAAGCUGACUAUACUCCUGAAGAGGAAGACCUCAUUCAGUCUGGGGCACUGCAGGUGUUGCUCGUACAGCACCAGACUCCCGGAGAUCGCGAGCCGUUCGGCUACCCCUUCGAGAUACUUGUUGAGCCCGAUGCAACUCUCUCCGAGAUAAAGGCUCAGAUCAUUAGGAAGCUGGCGCUGCCGAAAAAUGCAUGGGGUAGUUGCACCUUCUUCCAGUUGGGGGACGGCGUCAGGUGCUGGAAGGGUCCUAAUGAUGUGCUGGACUGGAAUAAGCACCGCAGCAUUACGCUCAUUGCUGAGCACUCGGCGCCGUACACGAAGCAUAGGGGCCACGGCGGCAUGCGCAUCGCGUAA